UUAUAACGGGGAUUAGCUAAUAUGCCACCACGGAAGUCCAUCCCUGCCUGCCAAAAAGCCUCCCUCCGAGCCCGAAAGCGCCUCUAUGCAAAUACAAGCCAAAAAGACCUUGCAACUGGUUCCAAGCUGAAUAUAAUCAUACCCUCUCAUCUGGUCUCAUCUCCGAUAUCCUCUCCAGCAAAUAUAACCACCUAGGUGAUGGUCUACCACCCCUCCGAAAUUUAAAGCGCCAAUGCCGUGAGAACUAGCCAGAGUUAGAGAAUACCUUAUACGAUUAGAUAACACAUGUGGAGGGAGAAAUAUCUAUAUCUGCAGAGAUUGUACGGUGUAAGGCAGAGCAAUUCUGGGACGCAAUGUAUCCUAGCAUGGAGAAGCCUACAUUCAGUAAUGGCUGGCUUCAUCGGUUCCAAGUCCGGAGGCCUGUCAAAUGGCAUGAGCAGCAUGGAGAAGCUGGAGGUGUCCCAAAGCAGGCAGAGCAGGAGAUGGUUAUGAUUAGACAGGCUCUGAGUGCUUAUAGCCUUAAGGACCAAUUUAGUUAUGGCUCUGAGAAACUAGAUCCUUGGUUUAUUGGAACUGCAAAGAAUCCACAUGCUUUUAGAGCCGCUGGCAUCAAUAUUCGGAAUUUCAAUCUAUUUCUUCACUGGUUUGAUAGGAAAAUGACUGGACAAAAGGUUGCUCUUCUUAUGGAUAACUUCUCUGCUCACCAGGCAGCAGCAGCAGCUAUCCUAACAGGUGAAACUCCACUUCAAAAUACUCUUAUUAUCUGGCUUCCUGCAAAUUCAACAAGCCGAUAUCAGCCUCUUGAUCAAGGAAUAAUCAAUUGCUGGAAAGCAUACUGGAAGCGGUACUGGAUCAAAUAUAUCCUAUAUGAAUUGGAAGCCAAUCGGAACCCUGUUGAUACAAUGAAUGUUUUAAAAGCCAUCCGGUGGGGCUUACGAAGCUGGGAGAAUGAUGUCUCUGGGCGAACUAUCCAAAACUGCUUUCAAAAGGCUCUUGAUGGUCAAAUGCAUUAUCAAGAGCCUGUGGAUCCUGCAGUAAUGAAUGAUAUCCAAGCUUCCUUUUCUCGGCUUCAGAUUUUUACGCCAAUCCAAGAUCUCAUGGAUAUACGUGAUUUCUUGAACCCCAAAGAGGAGUCUGUCCAGGACAAUAUGGAUGAUGUCGACAACCAGGUUCUGGCUCAAUAUAUGCCUGAGAUUGAGGAGGAUUCUGAUGAAGAUCUUGAGAUUUUACCAAAAGUAUCUGCAGAGGAAGCAAUUGCAGCCAUUUAAAAGCUCCGUUUAUAUGAAGAACAGCAGAUAAAAGGGAACCCUGCCUUUAUUCGUGAGGUGGAGAGGCAUGAGCGUGUUAUAUGGCACCGGAAGUUGGAUUUGCAGAACCAGCGUGAUAUUAGAAGCUAUUUUUCAUGUUAGUAAGUAUUUUAUUAUAUAUAUAU